AUGGCGUCUCAUGAUCGAAAUCCGGGCGUGGGCGCAUCUCCCGCAGACUCUCAACACCGCAGUGUGAGCCCAUCACCCCACCCGCAACACUAUCUUGAUCCGACGGGACUCGGUUUGGACCCCUCCAUGGCCUUCGCCAACCCUGCCUUCAAUAAUGUGAAUCACGAUGCGAGCAUGACUGGUACUGGCGCGUACGCCUAUCCGUCCUAUCUCUCUGCUCCCCCACCAACCCAAAACCUUGCUCCAACCGAGUCAACCUAUCCUCCGAAUAUCAAUACCGGCAAUCUUCCCAGCUCGCAGUCCUUUGAGGCAAGCCUGGUCAACCAGAUGGACCAUAAUGCCGGAUUCUGUCAACCCCAGCCAGAGGGGAACUAUAAUCUUCUCAAUACCGGUUCCGCCGACAUGGAUUUCUCUGCCUACCACAAUCACAGUCCUAAUAGUGUCUCUGCGGAGUAUGAUUCGUCGCUGUUAAUGGACCCUCAGAUGCACCAACGGCCACAAUCAGGUCACCAGGCUGUCAACCCUGCCGAUCUGGUCAGCCCCAUCUCCAAUCCCUCGUCGCAAGACCAGCAGCAGUCGUCACCCGGCCCCAUGUCUCCCCCCGGAUCCACACCAGGCACAUUUUACACCCCUCAGCAUUCGCGACAUACCUCGUUAGACCCAGCGACUGCCGCCUAUCUAAGCGCACAAGCCAAUCAAGACUGGCAGUCAGUCAUGAACCAUUCCUCUUUUCAAGGCCAUCGUCGAGCGCCAUCCGAGGUGUCAGAAGUGUCAUCGGCCAACCACUCCCCUUUCCUGUCUCAGCAUGAGUAUGAUGGUAUUGAAAACAAUGUAUCGCCCUCAUUGGCGCCACAAAAAGAUCCUGCUCUAUAUGACAAUGCGCUGGGUAUUGAGUCGUUUACUCUGUCUGAGCAACAGCAGCAGCAGCAGCAGCAGCAAGCAUUCAGCCCGCUCCACAGCCCGUAUAUUUCACCACAGCUCAUGCCGCAGCAGGGGGGCGAGAUUGUUCCCCACGCACCUUAUCUGUCUCCAAACCUUAAUAACCAAUUCCCCCCCGCGCCAAUUGAGAUGUAUGGAAUGCCCUCAGAUGAUAUGAUGAAUACAAUCAACGGCGGCUCUGAUAUUGGGCAAGCAUCUCAGAUGGCUCCACCAUCAAUCAAUGUGGAAUUCGCUCCACCAUCACGGAUCCCAAGCUUUGGUCCCUCCAAGCCGGCUGCAGAUUUCGACUCUUUGAGUCCUCCAGCAAUGCGAUCUCGAGUGCGCAGUAAAUCCGACCCUUACGCGCACCCUGCCUCUCGUUCACGAUCUCCCGCUGCCUCAGCAACUAGUCUAGAGGCUCAUGCUCCGACCACGCCACGAUCGUUAUCUCCCCACUCACGGAGUAAUCCUGGUUCGCGUGAUGUAUCCCCGUCACGAUCAAAUCGCCGUCUUUCAACAUCCUCCAUCGAAAGUCGCAAUUACAUUCUCGAUCUGGCAGAUCCCCAACGCCCCGGUGCGGUAUCUGGGGAUUCAAAGCGCGUUCAGAAACAUCCCGCUACCUUCCAAUGCACUCUUUGUCCGAAGCGAUUCACCCGCGCAUACAAUCUACGCUCCCAUCUCCGAACACACACGGAUGAGCGGCCUUUCGUUUGUACCGUUUGCGGGAAGGCUUUUGCUCGUCAGCAUGAUCGAAAGCGCCACGAAGGUCUGCAUUCAGGGGAAAAGAAGUUUGUUUGUCGAGGCGACCUGUCAAGAGGCGGAAAUUGGGGCUGCGGUCGCCGCUUCGCACGCGCAGAUGCAUUGGGACGCCAUUUCCGAUCCGAAGCAGGUCGAGUUUGUAUUAAGCCACUGCUUGAUGAAGAAUCUAUGGAACGUGAGAGAGUUCUCCUAGAACAGCAGCAGCAGCAGCAGCAACAGCCAUCUGGUCACCUUCAACCUGUGCCGCAACCGCUAGUGAUGCCCGGAGUUCCUAGCAUGGACGGACAGUCUUCAGGUAACUUCGUCUUACCAGCAGCGUUGCUUGCCCAGUAUCCAGCUCUCCAAACUCUACAGUGGGACCAGAUUCCUGCCGCGGGUGACGACCCCAGUGACAUUGGUGGUCACAGUAGCUACGAUGCCAGUUCUGGGGGCGAAUUUGGCUUCGACGAAGACGACUCCGGCAUCAGCAAUGUAUCUGGUAUGAGCGGUGGUUAUGGCAAUAACCAAGCUGCCAUGUAUGGAGUCGAUCCUGCAUAUCAGGACCAAAAAUGGAGUGGAUAA